CCAAAUCUCGUCAGCGCUAGUAGGAAGUAGCGGUCGAUGCGGCGUCUAUAGAGGCUAGGCUAUUAUGUCUAUGCGAUAGCCUGCCCUAUGCCAAAGAAGAAGACGAAGAGACGUUUCAAUUGGCUGGAGCUAAAGAACAUGUAAACAUUCAACAAAACAAAAUGCUGAGGUUGCAUUCAGAGACCGCAAAGUUAUGAAGUUAUAGGCUAUAGCCUACCCCAAAGUAAUAGUGCUAUCCAUUGGGCAGCUGGUGCCAAAUCGUUGGUGGCAUGUCGUCUCUUGGCAAUAACGUUGCUCAAAAAUUGAAACAGGACAUUGUCAGCAUUGUGGACGAGGCAAAAUUCAAACUGCAAACUCUAAGUCAUGAGAUAUGGAGCUGUCCAGAACUCGCAUACCAGGAGAAACAGUCGCAUGAUACGCUCAUACGUUUUUUUUCAAAUGAGUCUGGAUGGAUUGUUGAAAGUCAUUUCAUUUUAGAAACAGCAUUCCGAGCAUCGUCGGGCCCAUUCGGUGGAAAAGAAGGCGAUCCAGUUGUAAAUGUUGGAUUUUUGUGUGAAUAUGACGCAUUGCCAAGCAUUGGUCACGCCUGCGGACACAACCUGAUAGCAGAGGUCGGAGCUGCUGCAGCUCUGGGGCUAAAAAGUUCACUUGAGCGUGAGCCCAACUGUCCAGUGCGUGUAACGGUUACUGUACUUGGUACCCCAGCUGAGGAGGAUGGAGGGGGUAAGGUGGACCUGAUCCUGGCUGGUGCUUUCAAAGACAUGGAUGUUGUCUUCAUGGCCCAUCCCGCUCAGGAAGAUUCAUCAUUUAGCCCAUGCAUCGCUAUCACAGACUGCACGGUGAAGUACCACGGCAAAACCUCCCAUGCGGCCGCCUACCCUUGGGAAGGGAUUAACGCGCUGGAUGCUGCUGUGCUGGCGUAUAACAACCUUGCUGUGCUGAGGCAGCAGCUUAAGCCCGAAUGGAGACUUCAUGGUAUCAUCAAACAUGGUGGAGAGAAGCCGAACAUCAUCCCAGACUACACUGAACUUGAGUUUUAUCUGCGCACUCCCUUGUACAAAGAUCUCUCUGAGCUCAAAGUCAAAGCAGAGGCUUGCUUCAGAUCUGCCGCCCUGGCCACUGGUUGCCAAGUAGAAAUAACUUACCCAAAUCAUGCAUAUUCAAAUAUUCUUCAAAACACUACACUGGAAAACCUCUACAAAGAAAAUGGAAAGGCUCUUGGAAUGGAGUUUAAGGAAGUCUCAAACCAUUUUGCAGGGUCCACUGACUUUGGAAACGUGUCUUUUGUGGUCCCUGGAAUACACCCCUUCUUUUACAUUGGAUCCCAGGCUCUAAAUCACACUGCACAGUACACAGAAGCUGCAGGUGCAGAGAAGGCCCAAAUGUACACCCUUCGCACAGCCAAAGCAUUGGCCAUGACAGCUGUUGAUGUCCUCUUUGGGCCAGACCUGCUUCAGAGGGUGAAGGAGGAGUUUGCCCAGGCCAAGCUGAAGCAGGAGUGAAGACUUGUGCCAGCCCACAUAUUAGGUAAAGGUGAGGUAAAUCUUCAUCUCAGACAAACCUCUCCACUCGUCCAUCCUCCAAUGCUUUGAUAAAAACGUACUGUAUUGAAAUGCUCAAUUUAAAUUAUGACAAAGGCCAUGGAUGCAUUUUAAAGGCAUAAUUAUAGGUUUUUCAUCACAUCAAAACAUCACAACAGCUUUCCGAAAACGCUAUAUUUAUUGACUACUUCUACUCUGCAUAAAAAGCUUUUCAAGUGUAAAAAUGCUUACCAUGUUAUUUUAUGGAUAAUUGUCUGUCCAUAACCACUAUACAUACUGAUGUCUCAAACAUCAUUAGUGUACUGAGUAGUUGUUGGUGUAUGAAAAUACAUGUACAUGUUGCACACAAGUUUUUAAGACAAUUAAUUUAUGGUACUAGACUGAAACAUAAAAUGUCUACCUGGUUUCAUCAGAAUGAAUGAACUGACUAUCUUAACAAGUGGUUUAAACAACAGAACACUUUGUCAUGUAUUGUAUCCUGCUUCAGCAUUAAAAAAAUGAACAUUCCCA